CUACUGUGGUUUUACCUACCAAACUGGAGAAUAUUGAGAUUGAAGUUAAUUAGAGCAUCGAGCAAACCAAAUCAACUAAGCAAUUCCUCUGACACUCUGCCUUUCACAACACUGCAUUUAACUAAUUGUCCUUGAACCAGUCUCCAAUCUGUUAACUUCGAGCACAAACACGAGAAAAAAACCAUCAAUUAAGGGAAAUUAUUGUGUUGAUUAACAACCGCAAGUCCAGAAUCUCACAGUGAAAAGUAAAAGGUGAUUGAGAGACAAAAUCUAAGUAUUUCAUUAAACAAACGAAGAAUAUUCUUGCAAACUAAACUUCAAUGGAAGCAAGGAAGUUGAUUCACUUUGCUUUAUUCCUGCAAUGCUAUAAAAGAGCAGUAAGCAACAAACGCAACACACAAGCCAUUCUCAGUUUUGACAUUUCUAAACCAACCAAAAGUGUUUAACAACUUUUAUAGCCACCAUGGCAAACACCCCGAAUCCGAUAACUCCCAAAGUAUCAGCUCAGUUACAACCUCAGCAACCAAAACUAUCAUGGGAUGCUGAAAAAAACUUUUUACCUUCUGAUAUAAUCAGGCCACUUCUGUUGAGGGGUAACGAACGAGGAGGCAUCUUCUUGACCUCUGAUGAUAAUGCCCUCUCCAAACAGAUUGAGCAGCUGCACCAACCUGAUGCUCGAAAUGUUAAUGUCAGACCUCUUUUCCAUCUAGUUGAGGAAAUCAUCCGCCAUGCUACUCAAAAUACUGAAAGGUCUUCAAUGGGUCAGAGGGAUGCCCAAGGAAGCAGACUUACCCUUGACGGUCUUCAAGAAGUUCCUGAUUUGCCACUCAUUGUUGAAAGGAUAUCCUCUGAGAUGACAUGUAAGUUACUGAGUGGAUACGAUGCACACAAUACCACCCUCUCGGUGUUGAAUAUGCUGCCACACUUUUCUUGGGAAGCCAAGGUGGUGCUCACAUUAGCAGCAUUUGCUAUGACUUUUGGAGACUUCUGGCUUCUUGCCCAAAUUUAUUCUAGAAAUGCCCUGGCAAAAUCAAUGGCACUUAUGAAGCAAUUGCCUAUGGUCGUGGAGCAUGCAGGCGCCUACAGGAACCAGUUUGAAGCCACUAAUAAUCUAAUAAAGGCCAUGCUUGAUACAACCAGGUGCAUUGUUGAGUUUGGAGAGUUACCUACGAUGUAUAUCACAGAUGAAGAUCCUGAAGUCAAGGCUGCAAUGAGGCAUUUCCCAAUAGCUGUUUAUUGGAUAAUCAGAAGUGCUGUGGCUGCUGCGACCCAGAUUACAACCAUGUCUAGCAAGGGAAUCGGACAUAUGUCAGCCACAGCUGAAUCAUGGGAGCUCUCCAACUGGGCUCACAAACUUAAAACUAUCAAUGAUCAUCUCAGGAGCACCUUAGACAACUUGUACAGGCUUAUAGAGGAGAAGAAACAGAUUGACGCUUAUAAUAUGAUCAAGAAAAUCAUCUACCACACAAUUCAUGUUGACAACAUGAAAGUCCUGAAGACCUUGAUCUAUGCUGAUGAUGAUAUAUCUCCAAUAUAUGAUGGUCCUGCAAAGAGAAGGGUCCACCUUGAGAUGUUGAGGAGGAAAAAUGUGUUAUUACUCAUAUCAGGCCUCGAUAUCACUCAUGAAGAGCUCUUCAUUCUUGAGCAAAGCUACAAUGAAUCGAAGGUCCACGAAUAUGAGAUUGUCUGGAUGCCAGUCAUUGACCGUUCUCUCCAAUGGACAGAUGCCAUGGAAGUAAAGCUUGAGACUCUGAAAGCCUCAAUGCCCUGGUAUUCUGUUCAUCAUCCUUCAAUAAUCGAAAAUGCAGUCAUCAAGUUCCUUAAAGAUGAUUGGCACUAUCAUGGUAAGCCUAUGCUUGUGGUGCUGGAUCCUCUGGGAAAAGUUCUGAGCCCAAACGCAAUCCACAUGAUGUGGAUCUGGCAAAGCCAAGCUUUCCCAUUCACAAGCAUAAGGGAGGAGGCUCUUUGGGAACAGGAAACAUGGAGGCUUGAACUGCUUGUUGACGGCAUUGAUCAAAAAAUUCUAGACUGGAUCAGAGAAGAGAAGUACAUUUUUUUGUAUGGAGGAGAUGACCUACAAUGGAUCAGAAAGUUUACAAACGAGGCACAUACUGUAUCGCGAGCUCUGCGAAUUCCACUUGAAAUGGUCUAUGUUGGCAGGAGCCAUAACAAAGAACUGGUACGUAAGGUUUGUGCAGCUAUAACAAUAGAACAACUGAGCCAUUGCUGGCAAGACCCGACCUUUGUUUGGUAUUUUUGGACAAGAAUUGAGAGCAUGAUCUUCUCAAAGAUUCAACUAGGGAAAGUCCAUGACCAUGCAGAUAUCAUACUGCAAGAGAUACAAAGGCUCCACAGCCAUGACAAAUCUCAUGGUGGCUGGGCAGUCCUUGCCAAAGGCUCUACAAUUGUGGUCCACGGUCAGGGUAAGCUUGCUCUGAAUGCUCUUCAAGAAAUGGAGAUAUGGAAGGAACGUGCUAUAAGAGAGGGAUUCGAAGUGGGGUUUGGAAGUCAUUACAAAGAACUUCAUAUGAAGGAAUAUCCAUGUCAUAGGAUUGAGUUCCCCUCUAGUGUGAGAAUUCCAAAAAGUAUGCUUUGCCCUGAGUGCCGUCGCCACAUGCAUAGGUUCAAUUCAUUCAUCUGCUGCCAUGAAGAUUACGAUCCUGAAGCUGAGAUUCCACCUGCAGUGGCGGCUGCUGCAACCACUGUUGCUCAAUAUGAGGGAUAAGUCACAAUGUUUCUGUGAUUUUCAUUGUCUUUCUUUUUUUUUUUUUUCUUUUUUCAUAAAAGCAUUAUACUAGUAUAAAGACCAAAGAGGUGAGGUGAUACAUUUGCUACCUAUAUUAUGAUCCAUUCUCGUUGCAAAUGGCUUCAAUCUUGUAAUUCGCUUUCAUGUUAUCAGUGUACUCUCUUCAUAUACAAAGUAUCAAGUAAUUAUUUAAUGCUGAUGCAAAAUUAGCUAGAGAGAUUAAAACUCUUUAAGGUAUCCACUGAUUGAUCUCAGGUUUGGGCUUCCUUUUGUUCCUGCUAAAAGGUUGACACAUAAAUGACCCUAAAUCAUUCUCAAAGAGCACAAGGAAUGCCAUGAAAACCGUGGAUGGAGCUCACAUAUAAUGUCGUGGAUAGGAUAACAUAUGAAUACAGUUGCCAACUGGUUUAGGUUACACCCAUCUUUACAUACAACUGCUGAUUCUGAACUUACAGACUCAGUUGCUUGAAG